AUGGAUCCUGACCUUGUAGACGCCGAGCUUUUGUCUCACAAUCAGGCGGAAGUUUCAGCACAAGCUCAAGACGCAGCGAGGGAUCUUGCGCUUGAAGCUCGUGAAUUGUUCGAAGACUCCCACCAGACGGUUCUGCGUGCCUUCCAUGGACAAGUCUUGAGCCAGCUACGCCAGGUGAAAGACCCGGAUAUAGGCCGUGAUAUUGUCUCCCUCGGGUUCGUUAAGGACCUUCAGAUAGAAAAAGAAGAAAAUGGAGGUAGAAACGUCAAAUUUUGCCUUUGCCUCACCACGCCUGCUUGCCCCUUCAAGAGUCGCAUACAAGAAGAUGCAGAAUCGGUUGUGAAGCAGUUGCCAUGGGUCAGAAAGGUGGACGUGGCCUUGGAUUCAAUGACCGCGAACCGGGACGAUUCUCCUGGUCGUCCCCGAAACCUACGGCGAGUGGAAUAUAUACUGGGCGUUGCCUCCUGUAAGGGAGGCUCUGGUAAGAGUACUGUUGCCCUAUCUCUCGCCUUGAUGCUGAGAAAGAGCGGUGCGAAGGUUGGAUUACUAGACGCCGACAUUUAUGGGCCAAGCCUUCCUACCAUGCUUAACAAGGAGGAAGCCCGUGUGCGAUUUGCUGAAAAGGAAGAGUGUGAUUCGAACGAACAAGAUAAUGUGAAAUCACGUGCCACGGCACCCCUCCAGGUACAGAAUAAGCAGGGAACUUCAGCAGUGCGACGGAGGCGCAUUGAAUAUGAGGAUUGGUCCAUCCAGAACCCCGAACCGCCUGCAGCAAACAUUGGAGAGACGCAAACAGCUGAAGCUGCACGCGAAGAGAACUUGCUCAUGGUUCCUCUUGUAGUCUCGGGGAUCAAGUGUAUGUCGUAUGGCUUCAUUACGAAAAAAAAUUACCAGGGACACUCCGCACUGCGCGGUCCGUUUGUUAGCUCUGUCGUUCAGCAGAUGCUAACGGGCACUCACUGGGGUAUCCUAGAUUAUCUAGUUGUGGAUCUUCCUCCUGGAACCGGAGAUAUUCACAUUACUCUCACUCAGCAGCAGGCGCCCUUGGAUGGGUGUGUAGUUGUUACUACUCCGCAGGCUCUCAGUUUGGUCGACGCAGAAAAAGGCAUUCGCAUGCUGAAAAGUGUCUGCAUUCCAACACUGGCGGUUGUUUGCAACAUGGCCUACUUCGUUUGUGACAGCUGUGAUAAGCGACAUGAGCUAUUCGGCCGACCUGAAGCCACGCAGAGACUGGCGGAAUUGAGCGCGGCUCGUCAGUUAGUCUUGCUUCCGCUCGACGCUAGACUUAACUCUAGGGACUUUGCAGGGUCUCCGGUGCCCGAUGCAAGGGACUCAUUUGUUGACAGGCUAGGCCCUGAAGAUCCAGUGUGGAACGCUAUUCGCACCCUCGCAGACAGGGUGGCUUGCGAGCUCUCUACUAUUCGGUAUGGCUCCCUGAAGCCAGAGCCUUCCCUUGCUGAAGAUGGGUCUGCUGUCCUGGUCGCUCUCUUACGUCCAGAAGGAGCUCUUUUAGGAGAGGGAGAACCACUCAUGAUGAAAGAAGUCUUCGAAAUUUCAGGGGAGAUUUUGCGGUCGCGCUGCAGUUGCUCAGAGUGCAGAAAACGACAGUCCGAAGGCUAUUCCCUAAGUGGUGCCGAUGACGAAGUACAUGUAGCCAAACUAGUAGAAACCAACAACGGUACACUUUUGAUAAGCUGGAAAGACGGGCACGAGACUGCCUUUGCUCUGAACGAUUUGCUGGAUCUGCGUAAACAGCUUCGGCUGGCUACUGCGGACGAGGAAGGCUCUAAAUGCCAUGCUCCCGAACUGGAGUGGUAG